AUGAAUCCAGAAAAACAACACGACGAACAAGAAAAUGAUGAUACUACUUAUUGUCUGAUUACUCAAUUUGGAAAUCAUCCUGCACAUGUGAAAUUUUUACGCGGUACCAACUGUUUACGAGAAGAACUUUUGAAAAGAUUUAAAUGUCUAUUUCAAACGAGUUCUAAACUUACAAAAUACCAAAAUGAGUUAUUUUUUCAUAAAAGUCAAACGCUAUCAAUGCAACAACUUUGUAAUUAUGCGACAAGUCAAAAUUGGCAUGAACUUGAUGCUACAUCUCUGCAUGGUGUUCUCGUUGAUUUUAUUGUUGCUGGUGAAUCAUGGCUGUUUAACGAACAGAUCAUCUAA